AUGACCGUGGGAUGGCCAUUGAAGACAUGGUCAAGGACAACCUUCAGCUCUAAUGCACAGUUGAAAGUUACCUGUUGCUUCAAACAUUUAGGUGCAAGCCCAUCAAAGAUUAUGACCUAUCCAUGGGAGACACGGUUUACGGGAGCUUUAAAACCGAGGCACACCAGGAUGCAAUAUGGUUCGCCCAACUCUGUCAGUCGAUGGGUGGAUCGGACAGCACGUCAAGCUUUUCAGGGAUUGACCAACCUCUGGGGUUCAGGCUCCUUUGAUGAGCCCCGCGGGGCGACUUCUAUCGUGAUAAAAUGUCUCGACAAUCACGAGGAAGAAUCACGGGCCAAGAAGGAAGUUAUACCGUGA